GUGAGGUGGGGAAUCUCCGUACCCCCAGUACUAUCGGAGCUGUGUAGGAGAGAGGAAAACCAUCCUAAACCCCCUCCUCCGACUCCUGGUGAACCUGGCGAUGUGAAUACAGAACCUUGAGUUUAAACUGGAGAAAAGUUCCAAAUUUUGACGCAAGAUGGAGACACUGGCGAUAGCUGAUCAUAAAUACAACCUACGGUGGCCGGACUACCAUGACACCAUCCUUUCAACUUUUAGAAGUUUGAAGGCCGAUGAAGAUUUUGUGGAUGUAACCUUGUCAUGCGAAGAACACCAAUAUUCGGCACAUAAGGUUGUCCUGUCAGCAUGCAGUCCUUACUUCAGAAAACUUCUAAAGAACAACCCUUGUCAGCAUCCUAUUGUUAUCUUAAGAGAUGUCGCAGAAGACGACCUCAGAUGUCUGCUGAACUUUAUGUACCACGGCGAAGUCCAGGUUGCCCAGGACAAUAUUCAGAGUUUUCUCAGGACUGCUGAAACUUUACAGAUAAAGGGGCUCUCAGACCAUCCUUUGAAAGAUCAAUGCCAAAAAACUUCUUCUACCUCCCUGUCUCCCCCCACCUGCCAGACGAACCCCGAGCAGCUCGAGCAGAUGGAUGCUGAGGACUACUCUCCUAGACUUAAACGAGUUCGUCACAAUAACGGACUCAACGGUCCCCACUCGUCCUCUCCUCCUCUCCCCUGUCGUCAAUCCCCAUCGGACCAUUCUCGUCACAAUGGUGACCGGGAACCGUGGCAGCGACCAAUCUCUCCGCGAAGCGACAAUGUCGAAUCUAGCAGCCACAAGUUCGACAAAUACGACAUUACCGACAAAUCCCUGCUCAGUCAAGCACUUGAGAAGAGCGACAGUCGUGACAGUGCGAGCGACACGACCGGUAGCGAGCGACCCGGCUCAGCCAGCUUGGACACCAUCAAGUCCGAGAUGGGUCGAGAUAUUGAACAUCACCCCAACCCUCUGUUCCCGCCUGGUCUUGAGGCGUUGUACCGGCAGGCUGGGUUUCCUUCCUUCCUGGGUCUAGGGCAGGGACAGUCUAAUCUAUCUAUCCCGACCCUACCCGGUCCUUCUACCACACAUGUAGGACUACAAAGCCAUGCUGCUAACCCGACAAUCGGCGGUUUGUUGUCGGAGUUAACCGCCCCUGUUUCAGUCGGCGGGAAGCUUGAGAUGAUGCGCGUGCGCGCAACGGAUCCCAGACCCUGUCCUAAAUGCGGGAAAAUUUACAGGUCUGCGCACACUUUGCGCACGCACAUGGAGGAUAAGCACACAAUCUGCCCUGGAUACCGAUGUGUCCUGUGUGGAACUGUCGCCAAGUCGAGGAACUCGCUGCACUCGCAUAUGUCACGACAGCACCGUGGGAUCAGUACCAAAGAUCUCCCUGUACUACCGAUGCCGUCGCCCUUCGACCCAGAUCUUGCAAGCAAACUUCUUUCAAAAGCUGGAGUAAAGGUUUCUGCAAGUGAACUUGCCGCGCGCGCCUCGCCGACUGCACCGAGACGAUCUGACCUGCCCAAGCUAGACAACAGCUUGUCAAUCCAUCAAUCAAACCAGUUCCCUCUCCCACCCUCUCUUCAUCCUUCUCAUCUCAGUCUGGGGAGAGACAGGGAGAACACAGAUCCUGAAGACCUUCGCUAUUCUUAUCUCAGGGUACCGAUGUCAUCUCCCUACUCCUCCUCCCCCUUCUCUUCUCCAAACUCCCAUCCCAUCAACUCAUUCCCUCUGAUGGGAGGGCUCCGACACCCCAACCCUAAGGAUUUCCCUGGUAUGGGAGGAUCGGCUCUCCUCGACACCUACCUAUCCAUGAUAGCAGCAGCUGAUGGUAAUGUUGCAGCUGCCGCCGCUGCUCUAAACUUCCAGAACAGUCCCGCCAGAGCGGCGGCUAUGGCAGCUGCUGCCGCAGCUGCAGGACUUAUCCCUAUGAAUGGCAAGGAUGACAGGUAUGGAUCUGACCGAGAGGAUGAAGGAGAACUAGGUUCGGAUGCGGAGAAUGAUGAUAUCAGCGAGGUCGGAGAUACCAGACCAACCAGUGCUGGUAUAGGGAUCACUACAGGAAACAAUGGAGACCAUUAGACAAGUAUAGACUCAUCCCAACCUAUAGAUAUAUCAGUAUAUAUAUAUAUAUAUAUAAACAUUGUAAAUUAACAAAUUUGUCAUAUUAAUGGAUCUGUUCUAACUGCGGAGAGAUUAAACGGAGAUAUUUAAACGAGCGGAGAGAUAUCAACGAACGGAGAGAAGAAAUGUCGCAAAAAUAUAUCAUUUUUAUCCUUGAUGUUUCAUUCUAUUUCUAAACAUGUAAAAUAGACAAAAUUUGUUUAAGUUCCAGUCGGGUUAAAAAUACAACCCGCGAGAGAGCACCUUUAAAGCUCAAACUUAUUCAGUGCCAUUUAUUAUUUCAGCGAUUUUUAAUUGGAAUUAUGUAAAAAUAUGUAAUUUUUUCUAUUUUCAUAGAAAGCAUCAGAAUACUGAUGUCAUAAUAAACCUGUAGGUGCUAAUAUGUUAGAAUAUCCUUAUAGAAACCUACAUUAACUGUUGCAUCUUUUUUACCCCCCCCCCCCCUAGUUAUAUCUUGUAAUUAUAAACAUAUGUAAUAGUCACAUUGUACUUAAUGAACCCGGUUCAAAAACCGGUCUGAGGUAAUUCAAAGCAAUAAGUCGAGAGAUCCACGUUUUGUGAUAUUUUAAAAUUAGAGAAAAUUUACUUUUCCCCUUCUUUUCCCAGUUGUAGUAGUUUUAUGAUCAUGUUUACUCCGGUGUUUGUAACCUUUAGCCAAACCUUAUCACAUCACAUUUGAUAGCAAUAACUCUUUUCAUGCAAAAAUAGUCUUAAUUUGUGAUAACCAGUACUACCGGUGAUUCAAGGAGAAUUAGAUAUUUGUAACAAGUUGAACAAAAAGUAAUUUUCAUAAUUUACUUUUUCAACAAUUUUUAAUUGUGCAACCAUAACAGGGUAUCCCCUCUAGUAAUUAAUAUGUAAGAAGAAUGCCAAAAGUUUUACACUUUUCAAUAUUGUAGUUUGUAAAUUAAAAUUUUUAAAUUAAAAACAUGCAUAAUUACAAAAUUGAAAAUUUAUCUACUUUUGCUAAGUUCUGAAAUUAUUAUUGUAUGUGUACAGUCAGAUUUAUAAACGUUUAAAAGGGUUUAAUUUGUUGGAACUCUUAUUUUUAUGUUUUCUACCUCACCCCCUUCCAUCUUCAGAUCCUCCUCCUCCUCCUCCUCCUCCUCCCUCAAAACUCCUUUAUAUCGACUCUAUAAAAUUCUCAAUGUGCCAUAUAUACAAUACAUCAUGUACUUCUUAA